AUGGAAAUAUUAUAGACAAUAUUUAUUCAAUUUAAUUGUUUGAAUAAAAUAUAAUAAAAAAUUCCUGGGAAGACCUUAAAAACAUAAUAAUUUAUAUUUGAUAUGCCUCCUAUACGACGGAGCAAUCUAGGUAGAAUAACCCGAAAUGCUACCAACCAAGCUAAUUACCGAUCUAACCAAAGUCCUCAAGAACGUGACGACCGAAAUGAACGUGAAAGAAUUCGGAUAUCACAAACGCGUGAAGUGCGAACGCGAAAUUCAACUAAUAAUCGCGCAAGUUUGAAUCGAGCUGCUUUCAGUUACGAUGUGUCAAUUGACUACAGUAACUACCAGUGUGUUGUUAUUGGUUCUAUGAACUCGGUUUGCUCACACUGUAAGGCAUUAAAAUACAAAAACGAAGCCAAUGGAUUGUGUUGCGCAAAUGGUAAAGUGAAAUUGAUACCAUUGGAUCCACCACCAGAACCAUUGUACUCAUUGGUUUCAGGAAUAGGAACAGAUUCUAUACACUUUUUGACAAAUAUCCAACAAUAUAACAAUUGCUUUCAAAUGACUUCAUUUGGGGCAACAAAUGUAGUUCGGGAAAAUUUUAUGCCAACUUUCAAGAUACAAGGGCAAAUAUAUCACAGAGCAGGUUCACUGUUACCAGUGUCAGAUAGCGACAACAAAUUCCUGCAAAUUUAUUUUAUGGGCAAUUCACCACAAGAAAUUGAUCUGCGUUGUGCACAUAACAAUUUAGUAAAGAGGUCUAUUGUAGAACAAUUACAAACUUUAUUUCAUCAACACAAUCAAUUGAUUAUAUUGUUUAAAACUGCCCUGGACCUGAUGCCAUCCGAUAAUCACAAAAUUCUAAUCAGAGCUGAUAAAACACCUGCAGGUCAACAUACAAGACGUUUUAAUGCACCAACUAUUGAUGAAGUUGCUAUCGUUGUAGUUGGAGAAAACUUGGAAUCCCGUGAUAUUGUUUUACGUCGUCGGAAUGAUCAAUUACAACGUAUAAAGGAAACACACCGCUCAUAUGAUGCACUGCAAUAUCCCAUUAUAUUUUGGCAAGGCGAAGAUGGCUACGAUUUCUCAAUAAAAAUGAUAAAUCCCAUUGCAGGUUCUGAAACCAACAAAAAAGUCAGUUCAAUGAACUAUUAUUCAUACCGCCUAAUGAUUCGGGAAAAUGAAGAUAAUCACAUAUUGAAAUGUCGGCGAUUAUAUCACAAAUAUGUUGUUGACAUGUAUGUUAAAAUUGAAACUGAGAGAUUAACAUUCAUCAGGUUGAAUCAAACCAAACUCCGAUCUGAAGAGUAUAUUCACCUUCGAGAUGCGAUUAAUACUGAUGGAAAUGCACAGAAUGUCGGUCGGAUGACUAUUCUUCCAGCAACAUACAUCGGAAGCCCUCGGCAUAUGCACGAAUAUGCUCAAGAUGCCAUGUCGUAUGUUCGUCAUUAUGGUACAGCAGAUUUGUUCAUCACAUUUACAUGCAAUCCGCAAUGGAUAGAAAUCAAUCAGGAGUUAUUCUCUGGGCAAUCAUCCCUUGUAAUUGCCUUACUUUUAGUUAAACAACUAUUCCACUCCCGCUUGGUGUUGAAAUAGCUCAUAGCUACUUUUUUUUCUCCAAACACGGCCGGAGAUGUUUCAAAGAAUCUCUGUCGGAUUGUACUGUACGCCAGUUCGGUCCACGAUACCUGUUAACACAUUAAGAGUACUCGGUUAUCAACUAACAACAAAUUAAUUCGAAUUGUCAACCAGUUCAGGGAAGGAGUACCCCGAACUAUAGUGCCCUUUGGCUACUGAGCGAAAUAUGUA